AUGAUAAUUGUCGAUGGAAGUGCCAUAACCACCUUUCUUGGUGACUGGGCAGCCACGACGAGACGCCAAUCUGAUGCGGACCAAGUUUCACAUUAUUUCAUCGGAAAUUCUAUUCUUCCAGUACUAAACGUACCUUUUAUUGUACCUGAAAUUGAGGUUGAUCUGCAAAGUAAGUGUAUCACAAGGAGGUAUGUGUUUGAUGGCUUAAAGAUUGAAAACCUCCAGGCUAUGGUAUUGGCUGGUGAUUCAAGAGGAGUAGUGCAAAAUCCUUCUCGAGUAGAAGUGGUGACUGCGCAACUUUAUAAGUGUGUCAUGGCUACAACUAGGUUAAAGUUGGGGUAUUCAAGGGAAUCAGCAUUGAUCCAGUUGGUGAACAUGCGCCCAAGAAUGGCCCCUCCAUUGCCUACAAACUUUGUGGGAAAUUUUGUUUGGUAUUUUACAAUAUCAUGCCCGAAGGAGAGUGAUCAUAUAAAGUUACAUUAA